AUGUUUCUUGAUGAUAACAAGUACAACACAACAGCUUAUGUCGAUCAAAUCUCCUUCCCACAAAUGAUUGAAAUAGUCAAUCGAUACAAACCUGAAGUCAUAUGGAGCGAUGGUGAUUGGGGAAAAAGCGACGAUUACUGGAAGAGUAAAGAAUUCCUGGCGUGGUUGUACAAUACAAGUCCCGUUAAAGAUGUCGUUGUGGUGAAUGAUCGCUGGGGUGGUGAUUCCAUGGGAAAGCAUGGCGGCUUUCUCACUUAUUCUGAUCAUUAUGACCCAGGCAAACUCCUAGACCGAAAAUGGGAAAAUUGUAUGACCCUCGACAAAGAAUCAUGGGGACAUCGUCGCACGAUGAAGGUGUGUUGCUUUUUUCAGAUUUGA